GCAGAGAACCCAGUAGUGCAGCACCAGGAGAAGGGUUUCAAAGAGGCCCUCAUCUGCUCCUGCUCCUGCUCCUGCUCCUGCUGAUCCUCCACAUCUGAUCGCAACAUGAAGGUUACUGUGGCUGCCCUUGCUGUUGUUCUCAUUGCUGCCCUCUGUUCCCAGGCCUCCUCUUCUCCAAUUGGUUCGGACCCCCCGACUGCCUGCUGCUUCACAUACACAGCCCGCCAGAUCCCACGCAACUUUGUGAAGGACUACUAUUAUACCAACAGCAUGUGCUCCCAGCCUGCCAUUGUAUUUAUCACAAGAAAAGGCCGUGAAAUCUGCGCCAAUAUUGAGGAAACAUGGGUCCAAAAGUAUGUGAGCGACCUGGAACUGAACUGAGCAGAGAUACAGAAACACUGAAGAUCAAGAUUCUGGAGACUGAGGACCAUUCUGGAAAUGAAAGGGUUAAAUUUCUACAUCAGUGCAAAGACAUUGUUUCCAGCCAAAGGAGC